AUGAACCCGUCUCUCUGCAACUUCAUCCUCAAGUCUACUCCCUCCAGCAUCCUCGACCCCAAGCCCACCAUGAACACUCCUCUCCCCCUCAACACCGGCGCCACCAUCCCCGCCCUUGGCCUGGGCACCUGGCAGUCCGAGCCCGGCCAGGUCAAGGCUGCCGUCACUCACGCGCUGAAGUCGGGCUACCGUCACAUCGACUGCGCCUACAUGUACGGCAAUGAGGGCGAGGUCGGUGAGGCGCUCAAGGAGGCCUUCGCCGCCGGCAUCGUGAAGCGCGAGGACGUCUUCAUCACCACCAAGCUGUGGUGCACCUUCCACUCGCGCGUCGAGGAGAACCUCGACGAGAGCUUGAGGCGCCUGGGUCUUGACUACGUCGACCUGUACCUGAUGCACUGGCCGGUGCCUAUGAACCCCAAGGGCAACCACCCCACAAUUCCCAAGCUUCCUGACGGUUCCCGUGACCUGGACAAGUCGUGGUCGUUCCUUCAGACCUGGAAGCUGCUUGAGGAGCUGCCGGCUAAGGGCAAGGCUAAGGCCAUUGGCGUCGCCAACUUCUCCGUUCCCUUCCUGGAGGCUCUCCUCAAGGUGGCCAAGAUCGUCCCCGCGGCCAACCAGAUCGAGAACCACCCGUACCUGCCCCAGCAGGAGAUCGUUGAUUUCUGCAAGGCCAAGGGCAUCCACAUUACCGCCUACAGCCCGCUCGGCAGCACUGGCAGCCCUCUGUUCAAGGAGGAGGGUGUCCAGGAGCUUGCCAAGAAGUACAACGUCGGUCCUGGCAACAUUCUGCUGAGCUACCACGUCGCGCGUGGAAGCUCCGUCCUCGCCAAGUCCGUCACCCCCUCCCGGAUAGACGAGAACAAGAACAUUGUCCAGUUCAGCGCCGAGGACCUGCAGGCUCUGGAGAACAUCCACAAGGUCAAGGGCGUCACCAGAUUCGUCUAUCCCGCCUUCGGUGUCAACCUGAGGUUCCCCGACAGGUCCGAGCCCGAGGGCUACGAUCCUCUUGCCAACUUGUAG